AUGAGAGAGCUGUGGUUACUCCUGUGCUUAUCCCUGCCCCUUAUAGCCUUUCAUAGGGUGACAGGCUGUUUAGAAUGUGACUCCAGAUUCAAUGAAGAAAUUAGGACCUUACUGGCUAACCUGGUACCCAUGGAAGUUCCUGAUCGAGGUUUUCUGCUUCAACGGCAAAUGAAGGAGACAAUUAGUUUAAGCUUCAAGGUCUCCCACAGGAACAAGAUGCUUCGGGUACUGGCUGUAAAAAGUGUUAACAAGUUGAGAGUAUGGCUGAAGAAUGAACUUUAUAGACUAGGAAAUGAAACAUGGAAAGGUGUCUUUAUUCUUCAAGGCAAGCUUCUCAAUGUCCGCCAAAAUCUGGAAUCGAAACUGAAAGAAAUAUUAAAGAACUAUUCUGAAGUUGCUUGUUCCGAAGAUUGUGUUGUGAUUGAAGGUCCUAUUCUAGAUUGCUGGACUUGUCUUCGCAUCACUGCCAGGUGUCUUAAAGGAGAGUAUUGUGGAGAAGUGGAUUCAAGAAUUUCUGAGAAUCAAGAGAUUGUACUUUUUCUGAUAUUGCUAGCAGAAGCUGUAAUAUUAGGAAGUACUUUGUUACUAUUCCAUAUUUGUAUAUCUCAUCGAAGGAAAAUGAAGGCAAUACGAAGAUCACUAAAAAAAUAUUUGCAGAGAAAGCUUGACAUAUUAAUGGGGUUAAAAGAUGAAGAAAAAGAAAGAUUUGAAACAUAG